GGUCUGUCUACUUCCCGCACAGGGUGCAUGGGAGCUGGGGGAUCAUUCAUUUAUUACACACAUGGCUAUAUUAGUGUCAUUGAAUUCGGGUGAUAAUGGAGGACCAGUGGCAAGAGAGCAUGGAUUUUGCUAUUUUGAUAGCCAGAAAGGCAGGCUCAGUGGUGUGUGCGGCACUAAAGGAAGAUGUUUCCAUAAUGGUUAAAAGUUCCCCUGCAGAUCUGGUGACAGCCACAGACCAAAAAGUUGAAGAAAUGCUUAUCUCAUCCAUUAAGGAGAAAUACCCAUCACACAGUUUUAUUGGCGAGGAGUCAGUGGCUGCAGGAGCUGGAAGCACGCUAACAGAUAAUCCAACCUGGAUCAUAGAUCCCAUAGAUGGCACAACAAACUUUGUACACAGAUUUCCAUUUGUGGCUGUGUCCAUUGGAUUUGCUGUGAACAAGCAGGUUGAAUUUGGAGUUGUUUACAGCUGUGUGGAAGAUAAAAUGUACACUGGAAGAAAGGGAAAAGGGGCAUUUUGUAAUGGUCAAAAAUUACAAGUCUCAGGACAGAAAGAUAUUACCAAAUCCAUGAUAAUAACAGAACUGGGAUCAAAUCGGAAUCCAGAGGUUAUUAAAAUGGUGCUGUCUAACAUGGAGAGACUGCUGUGCAUUCCCAUCCACGGGAUUAGAGCAGUUGGUACAGCAGCAGUAAACAUGUGUCUCGUGGCCACUGGAGGUGCCGAUGCUUAUUAUGAGAUGGGGAUCCACUGCUGGGAUAUGGCAGCUGCAUCUGUCAUCAUUACAGAAGCAGGGGGAGUUGUCCUGGAUGCAACAGGAGGAGCAUUUGACCUGAUGUCCUGCAGGGUAAUAGCAGCUAGCAGCAGAGAUAUAGCUGAGCGAAUAGCUAAGGAGCUACAGAUUAUACCCCUGGAACGAGAUGAUGGCAAAAAUACCAACUGAAUUUCCAGUUUUAGCUAGGGUGGCUGUCUAAUUUUUGCACAGUAUUAAUUGAAGUAUCUAUAGAUAUUUAUGGAAUUAUGUACAUAAGUUUAUGUAUUAUGUUCUGUAAUGUGUUUUGUUUUUUUAUGCAACAAAAAAACAUUUUAAGGAAACCAAGUAAACAGUUUGUUAUACUCAAUUUUUAUUCUGUGUUACUAAUUAUUUUAACCAUUUUGUGCAAUAGAAUCUACAUUGCAGAUAUUAAAGUGCCAUAUUCCUGACACCAAAGGUUCUACAGUUCCACGUCUCUUUUUGAUCUGCGCUGCGCUUUGUUUACUGGCAGCAUGCAGCAUGGCAAGAUCAGAUAAAAUAAACACUAAAAGGGUUACAACACUAUUACUGUGAAUUUUAUAGGGAGGUGAAAAGGAACACAUAUAUGCUUCCCCCCAAAUUACCUGAAAGGACCACAAUAUGUUAGAAUAUCUUUUCCAUUAGGUUAAUGUCUGUGUAGUACUCAAUUACAAUGGACGAAAUCAAUAUUACUUUUCCCCUAAAAUCUGAUUCUGUCUCCUA